AUGGUAGUGAUGGAGAUGUUAUUAUGCUUCACUACACCUCUCCUCUCUGUCCAGGCCGAGCCGGUGUUGUGUUACUGUGUUUCUGUUCAGGAAGUGGUCCAGCAGUGCCAGGGCAGGACGGGACCGGAGCGAGGAGUGGCGCUAACUGAGGAAUUAGAAAUCCUAGAAUUGCCCGUUCUCCCUCACCUCAAACCCCAACCUUGUGCUCUCAUCCCUCACCUAAAACCCCAACCUUGUGCUCUCAUCCCUCACCUCAAACCCCAACCUUGUGCUCUCAUCCCUCACCUCAAACCCCAACCUUGGGCUCUCAUCCCUCACCUCAAACCCCAACCUAGUGUUCUCACCCCUCACCUCAAACCCCAACCUUGUGCUCUCAUCCCUCACCUCAAACCCCAACCUUGUGCUCUCAUCCCUCACCUCAAACCCCAACCUAGUGUUCUCACCCCUCACCUCAAACCCCAACCUUGUGCUCUCAUCCCUCACCUCAAACCCCAACCUUGUGCUCUCAUCCCUCACCUCAAACCCCAACCUAGUGUUCUCACCCCUCACCUCAAACCCCAACCUUGUGCUCUCAUCCCUCACCUCAAACCCCAACCUUGUGCUCUCAUCCCUUACCUCAAACCCCAACCUAGUGUUCUCACCCCUCACCUCAAACCCCAACCUUGUGCUCUCAUCCCUCACCUCAAACCCCAACCUUGUGCUCUCAUCCCUCACCUCAAACCCCAACCUAGUGUUCUCACCCCUCACCUCAAACCCCAACCUUGUGCUCUCAUCCCUCACCUCAAACCUCAACCUUGUGCUCUCAUCUCUCACCUCAAACCCCAACCUAGUGUUCUCACCCCUCACCUCAAACCCCAACCUUGUGCUCUCAUCCCUCACCUCAAACCCCAACCUAGUGUUCUCACCCCUCACCUCAAACCCCAACCUUGUGCUCUCAUCCCUCACCUCAAACCCCAACCUUGUGCUCUCAUCCCUUACCUCAAACCCCAACCUAGUGUUCUCACCCCUCACCUCAAACCCCAACCUUGUGCUCUCAUCCCUCACCUCAAACCCCAACCUUGUGCUCUCAUCCCUCACCUCAAACCCCAACCUAGUGUUCUCACCCCUCACCUCAAACCCCAACCUUGUGCUCUCAUCCCUCACCUCAAACCUCAACCUUGUGCUCUCAUCUCUCACCUCAAACCCCAACCUAGUGUUCUCACCCCUCACCUCAAACCCCAACCUUGUGCUCUCAUCCCUCACUUCAAACCCCAACCUUGUGCUCUCAUCCCUCACCUCAAACCCCAACCUUGUGUUCUCAUCCCUCACCUCAAACCCCAACCUUGUGUUCUCACCCCUCACCUCAAACCCGAACCUUGUGUUCUCAUCUCAUCCCACACCUCAAACCCCAACCUUGUGCUCUCAUCCCACACCUCAAACCCCAACCUUGUGUUCUCAUCCCUCACCUCAAACCCCAACCUUGUGUUCUCAUCCAACACCUCAAACCCCAACCUUGUGCCAACCACACUGUUAUUAAUGGCCCAGGCCUCCUUUGAUUAA